AUGUCACACACUCGAAUUGCUUUCAAAGUCCACGGCACCGUUCAAGGUGUCGGCUUCCGAGACUUCACCCAAAAGUGUGCUAAUCUCGAUGAGCUCAAGGGCUGGGUCAGAAAUACGACUUGCGGAAGGGUCGAGGGCGAGGCCCAGAGCAGUGACGAAAAGGUGCAGAGAUUCCUUCAGCGCAUCCAAAAGGGUCCCUCUAGGGCUCUUGUUGUGAAGCUGGAGAAGCGGGAACUAGAUGUGCGUGAUGACGAGGAGGGGUUUGUUGUGAUGCGGACAGCAGAUUCCAUGUUUGAAGCAAGGGACUAG